AUGAGCGACUACCCAACCCUCAAGACUCCAAUACAAACCGUCGGCCUAAGAGAGGUAUGCGAAGUCAACGGUCGCACAUUCACGAGAAGAAAAGGUGCCGAUGAAUGGACCGAAUACAUCGCCUCUCAAUCCCCUAGUGACCGGGGGCCGUCAUCACAUUCACCGCCAAUAAUCUAUCUUUCUCUCAUCCACUACAUCCAAGGCGAGGGUGAGCCCUUGCACUGGUCCCUAUUUUUCGCUCGUGAAAAUCAGCCUGGCUACGAAUAUCAGGUCAAAGGAGAUGCUGAGCAUAUGACGUAUGAGCCCUCGGAUGGUAUGGUGGAUGUUGUCAAUGCCGACGACUUUUUGAACAUUUAUCAUUUGGCUGCUAUGGUCCCAACACAGGAGAGUGUGGUUAGGUUUGUCGCCGAGGAGGAAGUGCCUCCCCGAGCAGUCAAUAGGAAGGCUGUCGUGGAGAACUGUCAAGGGUGGUGUGUGCGUGUGAUCGCUACGCUUGUCACAAUGGGGAUUAUUCCAGAGACGAAACUGCAAAUGGCACGAUCUAUGUUGCAGCCGAUUUAG